AUGGCUGAGAAAAUCCCGCAGCGGGAGAGCUGGCACCAAGGCCAGCUGAACGAUGAUGAACGGCUCUUGCGUCCAUCCCCAAAGUGCCACAUCAGCAGCGGCGAGGGCCACGAGCCGCCAAACUGCGUGGUGAUUGUAACGAAGAACAGAUUGUCCCCUGCGCGGGGCCGCCCGCCCGCCGCGCUCCUCUCCCUGCCGCGGCCGCUGCCGCUGCUGCUGCUGCUGCUGGCGCGGCUGCCCGUGGCCGGCGCGGCGGCGGGGGCGCUGUCGGAGCUGCGGGUGCGCGUCCGGCUGCCCGACGGGCAGGUGACGGAGGAGACCCUCCAGGCGGACAGCGCGGCCGACUGCAUCAGCCUGGAGCUGCGCAAGGGCGACGGCACCCUCGUCACCUUCACGGUGGACUUCAAGCAGGAGGUAAAGAUUUUCCGAGCGCUGAUUCUUGGGGAGCUGGAGAGGGGACAGAACCAGCUCCAGGCACUCUGCUUUGUCACUCGGCUGCACCGCAAUGAAAUCAUCCCCAGCGAAUCCAUGGCCAAGCUAAGACAGAAAAACCCACGCACGGUGCGGCAGGCUGAGGAGGUGCGAGUCCUGGAGUAUCUCAACAUGGAUGUGGCAGUCAACUUCAGCAAGGGGGCCCAGCUCAGCUCCCACAUCCAUAACAUCUGUUCCGAGGCCAGGGAAGCCAUCUAUACCCGAGAAGAAGAUGUGAAGUUCUGGCUGGAGAAAGGGGUAGAUGGCUCCAUGUUCGAGGUGCUGCCCCAGUCGACUGACCUGCCCGACCUGCAGCGUUGCCGGCUCUGCACGGACCGCUGGAAGCCCUGCAUCUGUACCUAUGCGCUGAACAUUGAGUGGUACCCCUGCAUGCUCAAGUACUGCAAAAGCCGCGAUCCCACUGGGAAAGUCUCCACCUACAAGUGUGGCAUCCGCAGCUGCCAGAAGGGAUACAGCUUCGACUUCUACGUGCCUCAGAAGCAGCUCUGCCUUUGGGACGAAGAGACCUAGCAGGGAGCCUGGGCAGCCAUUUUGUACUGAAGGGGCUUCCUGCCCACCUCCUUUCCUGUGGCCGCGGAUCGCCUAGCCAAGGUGACUGCCUAGAAAAGGAAGGGGAGUGGUCUGGAGCAGUGGUGGACAUGCCUGGCCUCCA